AUGCAAUCUCCCAGCCUCUCUUCCGACGUUUGCACGCACAGCCGCAGCAGAAGUGGAAUGGAUCGGUGCUUCCCGGUUGGCCUCGAUUGGGAAGACAGCGGACUUAUUGAUGCAGCGGCAAUGCGGGAUGAGAUCGAGGACCCGAGGCGUGCACCAUCAACACAGUGGUCAGGCCGCCACAGGACGUCAGGCCCCGCGCACUCGACUUUGCCGCUUGCCAACAUUGCAUCAUUCUUCAUCCUUUGUCGCCCAAAUCACGACCAGCAUCGACAUCUCGUCUCGCACAUCCACCAGCACCGUUUUCAACAACCGCGUCUCGCUCCGUUGGCUCGGUUGACCACUGUGCUUUGGUUUCACGAACAUGACCGCGCCGAGUGGACCCGUACUCUUCUUUUGCACCAGCUGACCCUGUAUCCCAUUUUCUCCCCUUCGCUUCUCCCCACGAAACAGGAGCUCAAGGUUGACAAGCUCGUCGUCAACAUCUCCGUUGGUGAGUCGGGUGACAGGCUCACCCGUGCCACCAAGGUGCUCGAGCAGCUCACUGGUCAGACCCCCGUCACCAGCAAGGCUCGCUACACCCUCCGUGGUUUCGGUAUCCGCCGUAACGAGAAGAUCGCCUGCCACGUCACCAUCCGCGGCCCCAAGGCCGAGGAGAUCAUCGAGCGCGGUCUCAAGGUCAAGGAGUACGAGCUCCGCCGCCGAAACUUCUCCGACACCGGCAACUUCGGUUUCGGUAUCACCGAGCACAUCGACCUCGGCAUCAAGUACGACCCUUCCAUCGGUAUCUUCGGCAUGGACUUCUUCGUCUGCAUGACCCGUGCCGGCUCCCGUGUCGCUCGCCGCAAGCAGCGCGUCGCCCGUGUCGGUGCCCCCCACCGUGUCAAGAAGGAGGAGACUGCCGCUUGGUUCAAGCAGCGCUUCGACGGUAUCAUCAUGCGCUAA